AACACCUUGCGCUGGAUUUAUAGCUAUUGAAGAUAAAAAAGAAGGAUUUUUGUCCUCGUUGGAUGUAACAGAGAAGGACGCAGUGUGGAAAAUGGUGUUUAUUGUACAGUGUUUAUAAAUAAGCCAAUGGGAAUUAGAGGACGGGAUCCGAUCGCAGCGCCGUUGUUGUUUGUGGAGGAGAAGAAGGUUUGAUAGAGAGAGAGAGAGACAGAGAAAGAGAGAGAGAGAGAGAGACAUGGUCAUGAUGGUGAUGAUGAUGUCUGCGUCUCCUGCUGUGUGUCUCAUCGCGCUGGCGCUCCUCAGCUGGUCCUGUGCGCACGAUGCGGUGCGGAAACCUCUCCAUGUCCUGAGCGCAGGUGACGCACAUCCUCAGUCCAGCUUCACCGGCCUGACUCCAGCUCCCACCGUGCUGUCCUCCAGCUCCAGCCGUCCUCCCACCAGCGACCACGGAUCUCCAUCUCCUGAGCGUUUGCGAGAAGAUGCUGCGCUCCUGGAGCUCCAUGAACCCAGAGCUGAGCGUCUGCUGGCACAAAGACGCCAGAGCUCCGUGUCUGAUAAAGCUCAGGACGCAGGGGUUAUCACAACCUCAGACAAUUCCCAAGAGAUGGUGUGUAACUGCAGUACGGAGGGUGUGUUGGAGCCGGACGAGUGUGACCGUGACACGGGGCAGUGUGUGUGUAUGGCGGGAUACACGGGUCUCCAAUGUGAGGAGUGUGAGGAAGAUCACUUCAGUAACGGGACCAUCGGCUGUCUUCCCUGCGGCUGCGACUCGUUUGGUGCCGACGGUCCAGGAUGUGACAGCUCGGGGACGUGUGUGUGUAAGACGGGAGUGUACGGACCCAAGUGUGACGACUGCCACCCAGGAUUCUUCCACUUCAGCAGUUCGGGAUGUCAGCCGUGUCAGUGCAACGGACACUCCACCUACUGCCACCCGCAAUCCGGUGUGUGUAUGGACUGUCAGGACAACACUCAGGGACAGAACUGUGAGGAAUGUGUGCCACGCUACUACCGAGCACCAGGUGGAGGUGUGACGGAUGAGUGUUUGCCCUGCCCCUGCCCCAGCCACAGCUCUACAGGCACCUGCCACCUCGAUCCCAGCAGCCAUGCCGUGUGUGACGAGUGUAAAGCUGGCUUUGCACCACCUACAUGUGACGCAUGUACAGAUGGCUUUUUUAAAUCAGGGGGCGAGUGUGUGAACUGCAACUGUAAUGGAAACGCAGAUCCGCUCUCAGGACCCAGGAUCUGCCAUCCGGGGAGCGGCCGCUGCCUCCUGUGUGCUAACCACACGGCAGGGACACACUGCGAGCUCUGUGCCGCGGGGUACACCGGAGACGCUCUCGCCCACAACUGCACACUGAGAGCCUCAAGGCUCCUCCCAGUCCCUACAAGAACUUCCAUCAUCACAAGUCCGCAGACCUCCAGCUCCACCCCUGCACCUCCGUCGUCCCUUCUCUUCACCUCGUCCCCAAGCAAAGCCCCGCCCCUUCAGUCUGGCCCGGGAGACCCCGCAGCCAGCAACAGCACAGCCUCUGCACUCGCCGUGGUUUCAUGGACGCAGUUCAAUGUCAUCGUCCUGGCUGUGAUCAUCGUUCUUCUGGUGCUGCUGAUGGGCUUCGUGGGCGGCGUGUACACGUACCGCGAGUACCGCAACCGCAAGCUCAACGCACCAUUCUGGACCAUUGAGCUGAAGGAGGACAACAUCAGCUUCAGCAGCUACCAUGACAGCAUCCCGCACGCCGAGCCCGGCGUCCUACUAGAGGAGGAGCAAUGCUCGGCGCCGUCUAACGGCCAGCUUGCUUUAGCACCUGCCGCUAACGUUUACAAGGCGUGACAGGAAGCGUUUUCGCGUGACAUGUUGGAAGAGACGCUUUACAUUUUCAAGAAUGCGCUAAGACAUCGAGCUAACAUCUCAGUCUGGCGGAUCAUUAAGUUAAACCCACAUAAGAAGAUUAGGUGGAAAACACUUUCAAGGUUUUAUCGCUCUCUCAUCGUUGUCAUGUGCAAAGUAUUAAAAGGAGAAGAGAUUGCUACGAGAAUCAGAAAUUCAGAAAAGACGUUGUACGUUUUUCAACCGUUUUCAUGGAGCUAACGCUAACAUCAUUACUGCAGCGGAUUAGAUAGUUAAAGCGUCUGAUGGAUCGACACAUCAUUAUCACGUAUGCUACGAAGCGCGCUAAUGAGCUCUUGAGUCUGACAGUACGUCAUUUUCAAAGAACGAAGGCUUGCGCUAGGAACCGACGUUAACGUCUAAAGUGCAGUAACUCAUCUGUUUAAACGCAUUUCGUUUCUUCCGUGAUAAUGCUAUGUACAAAGCGUGAAAGGAAAUGCAUAUAGACAAGAUAAAGAUUACUCACUUUUUUGCUGCACCAUUUUUGAUGCCAUGGACAAAAAAACAAAAAACAGAAAAGGAAAAAUAUGAGGAAAUGUGAGCUUCUAUCUCUUAUCUAGGCGCUAACGCUAACAUUUCAGUCCAGUCGUUUGCCCACUAAAGACAGUUUUGAAGAGGUUAUGUACAAAAAAGUUUUUUUACGCUAUAUUUGUGCCAAGUUCUAGUACUAACACCCAGAUACCGUAAUCUCUAAGGCUUUAUUUCAUACAAAAUGUGAAAUGUGAAAGUGUACCGAGGAGAAAAAAAUGGUGCUUUAGGUUUCAGAAGAACUUCCUUCAGAAUCUAAUGCUAGCAUCUUGGUCCAAUGGCUCGACCUUUGAUCUUCUUCUCUCUCGUCUGUGCUGCGAUAUCUCCUGGAAAUCUAAAUAUUUCUGAUUAGGGAAUUUAAGAAGCAGCUAAUGCUAACACAUGCUAAUGCUAACAUCACGUCGAGGUGAGUAAGCUGGUUAAAUCAAUGCAGAAGGUUAAAAGGUGCUCGCUACAUUCAGACCUCAAGAUUCGUUCAUCUGGAAUGAUUGACAGUCGGGUACAAUGUUUCCAACUGACCUUUACCAAAACCCCGCCUAUUUUCCCUCGCGUCUCAAAUUAAUAAUCUUUCGAAAUAUCGAUUUUCUUGCUUGAUGCGAUGUCCAUGCUUUCAGUCAUAUUAAAUAUUUUGGGUUUAAUGUGCAGCGUGUAAUAAAAUCGAUCCGCGUGUUCAGCUUCGCUACAGAUAAACAGGUUUAUAGUGAAAGUUUCGCUGUAACUGAAAACCGCUGAAACGGCGGUACGUUCCGGACGAUUUAAUCAGCCUGGGAUCGAUUGGAAUCAGUUUUAAGGGAUAAAAUAAUAAACACUGAUUUAUUAUUUUUUGUUUUAUUACUAGUAAACAGCACAGUUACAUCGUUGUGGUUGAACUUUACACACUGGUCGUCCCCAAGCCCCCCAUCUGAUGAUCUUUUUUUUACAAUACUGAUAUAGAAAUACCAUUUAGAAAUUCACACAAAAUAAAAUAUAAUCCGAAACAUUUAAAAAAAAUAAUAUUUACUUACAUUGUAAAAUUGUAAUUUUUUGAAGCAAAAAUAUAUAAAUAUGAAGUCAUUAUCCUGAAGUUGUGUUCUCCUUCUCUGAAGGCAACCGGUACCCUCCUCUUUGCUAAACAUUAGAAAUGCUAAACACAAUAAGACAUAAUUUCACCAUUGUGGUCACGCCCCCUCACUCACCUCACUGUAGACAUGCCAAUGGCCACGCCCCCUCACUCACCUCACUGUAGACAUGCCAAUGACAUGGCCCCUCACCUCACUGUAGGCAUCCUCAUGGUCACGCCCUCUCACUCACCUCACUGUAGACAUCCUCGUGGCCACGCCCCCACACUCACCUCACUGUAGACAUGCCAAUGACAUGCCCCCUCACCUCACUGUAGGCAUCCUCAUGGUCACGCCCUCUCACUCACCUCACUGUAGACAUCCCAAUGGCCACACCCCCUCACCUCACUGUAGACAUCCUCAUGGUCACGCCCUCUCACUCACCUCACUGUAGACAUCCUCGUGGCCACGCCCCCUCACACACCUCACUGUAGACAUCCCAAUGGCCACACCCCCUCACCUCACUGUAGACAUCUUCAUGGUCACGCCCUCUCACUCACCUCACUGUAGACAUCCUCAUGGCCACACCCGCUCACCUUAGGUCAGGCUUUCUCUUCGUUGCUCCUCCUAACCCCUCUGUAGCCUCAGCUAUCUGAACCCAUCCUAUUGGCCACACCCCUCAGCUAUCUGAACCCAUCCUAUUGGCCACACCCCUCAGCUAUCUGAACCCAUCCUGUUGGCCACACCGCUCAGCUAUCUGAACCCAUCCUAUUGGCCACACCCCUCAGCUAUCUGAACCCAUCCUGUUGGCCACACCCCUCAGCUAUCUGAACUCAUCCUGUUGGCCACACCCCUCAGCUAUCUGAACCCAUCCUGUUGGCCACACCCCUCAGCUAUCUGAACACAUCCUGUUGGCCACACCCCUCAGCUAUCUGAACUCAUCCUGUUGGCCACACCCCUCAGCUAUCUAAACUCAUCCUGUUGGCCACACCCCUCAGCUAUCUGAACCCAUCCUGUUGGCCACACCCCUCAGCUAUCUGAACCCAUCCUGUUGGCCACACCCCUUAGCUAUUUGCAGGCUUUAUUUUGGCCAAGACCUCUCAACUAUCUUAAACCAUCCUCUUAGCCACGCCCCCUUGGAUAUCUGAAACCAUGAUCUUGGCCACACCCCUCAUCUAUCUGCAGGCUUCCUUUUGGCCACACACCCUCUGCUAUUUGAAACCAUUCUCUUGUCCACACCCCUUCAGCUUUUCUAAAACUAUUCUCUUGGCCACACCCCCUUAUUCAUCUCUAGUAAGACUUCCUGGUAAUGACUUUAAGAUUCUAUCAAUUUUUGCCUCUUAUAUUGUAGACUGAUGACUGAAACACAGCACAUCAGCAUCAUGACAACAGAUUCGAGUCAAAACGAAUAAAACAAUCUAUUGAGUUCUACUUAACCUGUGCUUGUUGCUGGUAAUAAUAACAAACAGAAGUGUGUGUGUGUGUGUGUGUGUGUGUGUGUGUGUAUAGAGCUGGAUUCUAUACAGGUUUGUGCACAGACUUUUUGUGCAUUAACAGAUGUUGCACAGAUUCACUAGUUCGCAAGUUUGGACGCAGCGUUCUGAAACUGAAAAGCCAUCUAAUGUACAUCGGGUUUUGUUUUGUUUUGUGAACUGAAAGAAGAAAACACACUUUUGGAGAAGAGCUGGAGAAGACUUUUGGAGAAGAGCUGUGUGUGUGUGUGUGUGUGUGUGUGUGUGUGUGUGUGUGUGUGUGUGUGUGUGAUAUGACAUGUACAGGACUGCAUUUUUUUAUUAAAAAAAAAAAAAAUCAGUUCAAAUGUGACGUGGCUGAAAAGUGCAAAUGAACUGAAAUGGACUCGCGACUGGACUUUGUUUGUAUAAUGUAUUAUUAUUAUUAUUAUUAUUAUUAUUAUUAUUAUUAUUAUUUGAAAUCAUAUUUAUUUUUGUGUCAAUCUGUGCUGUUGAGUUUGUUCUGCAUUUCUAGCGUACGUGACCUCUUGGGUGCGUCAAACGGAACGGAAAAAAGACGUCAGAAGACGUCAACAUCCCUUUUUUUUUCAGUCAUGAGACAAAAUGCUGUUAAAAAAAAAAUUCUGAGAAACCUCUUCAGAAACCUCAGAUUCUUGUCAAUCCCAAAAAACAUGCAAUGAAAAAAAAAACAAAAAAACAGGCAAAUAUUACGCUGUCAAAUAACACCCUGUGUUCUGUUUGAGACGAGGCUCGAGCUUUACGUCAUGAAUAAUUCUGCCCGUCAUGUAGAGACUGGGUGAUGUUUAUUUACAAAAUUAAAUCAGUAGUAAAGUUUAAUUUAUUUUUUUUUUAAACAAAAAGUCACAUUUUGCUUUUACGCACAUUAAACCACAUAAACCACAGAACAAAAAAUAUUGGCUGAGUCGAAAAGAAGCACAAACCUUACACUGUUUUAUUACCCGGUAAGAACCACGGUGAAAGAAAAUGUAAAUAAACCUUUUGCCAGCGCUCAGAAAACUCUACCAAGCACUUAAAGUGAGCAUGGAGCCAGUGCUAAAGUACAGCCUUGUAUUUGUGGCUACGCCAGAAUCUUAACUGCUCCCUUUGACAAACAAAUUUCCUCUGAAAACAUUAAAUCCAACUAUAGAAACAAAAAUCCACUGAUAUUCCCUGAUAUCACAAGAUAUCACAGCCCAUAAUGUAAUUAUUAAGAUCACACACACACACACACACACACACACACACACACACACACACACACACACACACACAGGACUUUGAGGAGCCUUUCACCUCAUGACCUACUGAGAUGGUGUUGGGAAAUGCAUCGCAAACACCAUCCAUCAAAGUGAUCCAGACCAAAAGUAUGUGCACCUUGAACAUCACAGCCGUAUGUGGUGCUUCACUAGAAGUUUGGAAGCACAUGGUUGUGGAGGUGAAGCCCUGACUCUAACUCAUAAACUAAUAAACACCUUUGGAACGAACUGAAACUGGAGUCUCCGAAACGUCCAGACAUCUGUGUCUGAUCUCACUAAUGCUCUUGUAGAUGAAUGAAUGAACGAACGAACGAACGAACACCGAUGCCACGGCCGUGCUCCAACAUCUAGUGGGAAGCCUUCUGAGAAGUGAAUCUUGUGAAAGGGAGAAUCAAUCCGUCAUGAAAUGUUCAACAGAGACUUAAGGCAGUGAUAGUCAGGGGUGCACAAACUUUUGGCCCUGCAUUGUAUUCAAAUGCCUUAUCAAUGGUUAGAGUUCGGUGGAGAUCCUGGAAAGACUCAGCUCAUAAGGAUUUGGUGAUUUAAAUAAAAGCAAAUAAAAAAGGAUUAAAUGUAUCACUAUUUUAACAGAUCAAAGCUUCCCAGAUGCAGAUGAUUAACUGUGUGUUUUAUCACAAUGUACAUGACCAGUGCUGCAGACUGUAAAUGUCCUCUUAAAUCACUUACUAUGAGAAACGCUGAUAAUCUUCUUACUAAGCAUGUAGAACAACAGCGGCUUUCCCCGAACAUCACCAGUGGUACAAAAGGGAAAAUCCCACUGUUCCUCUCUUUCUCUCUCUCUCUCUCUCUCUCUCUCUCUCUCUCUCUCUUUCUCUUUCGCUAUCUCGCUCACUCUCUCUC